AUCAGGUGGGGGUGGGGACGCACAGACAGCGUCAAUAGAAAACGAGCGUCAAGCAUCAGAGAGCAAAGAGGAGCCUCAUCAACAAAUUUUUAGCAUCUUCAAGCGGCCUGUUUUUAGCUGCAGCAUUCGUCAUCAUGACUAAAGAAGAGAAUGUGCAGGAACAGGAGAAGGGGACGCAUGAGGACGAGGAGCAGGAGGAAGCUAGGGUUCAGAGGGAGGAGGAGUUGACAGAAGAGGAGGAGGAAGAGGAGGAAUAUGAGCUAGAGGAGGAGAAAUCCAAGGUAGAGAACGAGGAGGAAGGUGAGCAGGAGGGAGAAAGGGAGGAGCAUGAGGAGCAGCAAGGGCAGGAGGAUCCCCCAGUGGAACCAGAGACUGAGAUGAUCUCAGUUUCUGAGCAUCAAAGUCCGGUUCACGAACCACCCCGCCGAGCCAUGGUGCACCCCUCAGCCCAGGCCCCACUUCCCAAAGACUAUGCAUUCACCUUCUUUGACCCCAACGACCCUGCAUGUCAGGAGAUCCUCACCGACCCCCGGACCACCAUCCCCGAACUGUUUGCCAUCGUCCGGCAGUGGGUCCCUCAGGUGCAGCACAAGAUUGACAUCAUUGGAAAUGAGAUCCUGAAGCGUGGUUGCCAUGUGAACGACCGUGAUGGUUUGACCGAUAUGACACUACUUCAUUACAGCUGUAAGGCUGGAGCUCAUGGAGUUGGCGACCCGGCAGCAGCGCUGAGACUCAGCAGUCAGCUGAUCUCACUCGGUGCAGAUGUGAGUCUUCGAAGUCGAUGGACUAACAUGAACGCGCUGCACUAUGCUGCCUACUUUGACGUGCCAGAACUGAUCCGAGUCCUACUCAAAGCUGCCAAACCCAGAGUGCUAAACUCAACAUGCAGUGACUUCCACUAUGGCACAGCUCUGCAUAUUGCUGCCUCCAAUCUCUGUCUGGGUGCAGUUAAAUGUCUGUUGGAGCAUGGAGCCAACCCCACUGUCAGGAACGACAAGGGCCAGGUUCCAGGUGAGGUUGUUCCUGACCCUAUGGACAUGAGUCUGGACAAAGCUGAGGCAGCCAUGGUGGCCAAAGAUCUUAAGCAGUUGCUGUUGGAUGCUGUUCCUCUCAGUUGUAACCUUCCAAAGGCCACUCUUCCCAACUACGACAACAUUCCAGGAAACCUAAUGCUGGCGUCGCUUGGACUGAAACUGGGAGAGCGCGUCUUGCUGGAUGACAUGAAGACUGGAACCCUAAGGUUCUGUGGAACCACUGAGUUUGCUAGCGGUCAGUGGGUCGGAGUGGAGCUGGACGAGCCGGAGGGGAAGAAUGAUGGCAGCGUUGGCGGCGUUCGCUACUUCAUUUGUCCUCCUAAACUCGGUAUUUUUGCGCCUGUUUCAAAGAUAUCCAAAGCUGUGGAUCAGACUCCAUCAUCUGUGACAUCCAACCCCAGAACUCCCCGUACGGACCUGGCAUCUCGUUUGACUGGAAAAACCAAGAAGGAGAAGAAGGAGGAGAGGCAAAAGGAAAGGGAGAGAGCCCAAAGGAAGAAGAUGUCUGUGGCCAGUCCUGAUCCAGAGGGAACAAAUGUGGAGGUGGGAGAUCAGGUUCUGGUGGCAGGUCAGAAACUCGGCAUCGUUCGCUUCUUUGGGAAGACAGACUUUGCUCCAGGGUACUGGUUUGGUGUAGAGCUGGAUCAGCCCACUGGGAAACACGAUGGCUCCGUGUUUGGGGUCAGAUAUUUCAGCUGCCUGCCCAAAUAUGGAGUGUUUGCUCCACCCUCUCGUGUCCAGAGGAUCGGAGGACCUAAAGAAGGUUCCCAAAAUGAAAAUUCAAUGGUGAAGAAGGUUCAUCAGGUCUCCAUGUCACAACCGAAGAGAAACUUCCACACAAUGCGAUCUCCUAAAGACCUGACCUCUGAGAGCUCCAUAUCCAGGUUGUUGUUCUGCUGCUGGUUUCCAUGGAUGCUUCGCGCUGAGAUGCAGUCCUAACCAGGCCCCGCACUUCCUACAGUUCUCCACCACUGGAUGGAUCUGUCGGCUUUUCUUACUCUCCAUCAUUCUUUCCCCAAUCUCCUUGUGGUGAAAGUCCCUCCGCCUGAAUCCGCCUAAUUUAGCCCUUCUAUAGCAAAAUCUAUAGUGCCUUGUAUCUGAUAACAAAUGUCCUGCAUUCCUUCAAUUAACUUAAAUUCUAGCUCUGAAAUCCGUCCUCUCACUCGGCUGCCUCCUCUUGGUCUAGGGUGGUCAGUGUAUUUGCUUUCACCCUUGCCUCAUGGUUUUGUUGCACUGCAGCCAGUUUCAGGUAUGAGUGGUUUGAAAAGUCCAGAAAGAUAUAAUAGUCACUAUUUUGGGUUUCUCUCAUGAAAAUGUCAAACUAAUUGUCUUCCAUGAAGCAGAAGAUGACAAGUAUGAAAUUUUCAUGAGAAACACUCUAGAAAAUGUUGAUGUUGUUUGUUGGAUCCACAUCUGGCUGUUGACUCCCUGUCGUGAGACCAGGACCUUUAGCUUUGCUGACAUAUAAACAUUAUGUGUACAUCAUUUGUUAUUUAACAUCAAUCUAAAGUCCUCUGAUCAGGAAACAGGGUUAUUCAUCUCUACAUCUCCUUUUUAUCUUCAUAUGUGAGUCGUAGCUUUUAGCUGAUGCUUUUUUUACAGGAUAUGAUAAAAAUAUUUCUGCUGGAAAUUUAGCUAAAACUUUUUUCUUUUUAAAGAUCAAGUUUGGUUUGGUUUAAUCUAUGUGAAAAGUAAUUAAUAAUAAUGAAUAAUAAUGUUUUCAGAUAGGAAUAGAAACCAUCUUGUUAUCUUGAUCUUAGAGGGUGUUGUUUAAUAACCCAAAAUAAUAGCUGCUAAAGAUAUGAAAAUGAAUUAUACUAUUAGAAAAGAAAGCUUUUGUCUCAAAAAGUCUCCAUUAAUCUAAAAUGGUUCGCUGAUUUUCCAAUGAUACAUGAUUUUCGUUUUUUCUCCUCUCCUUCUCUCGUCCCUCCUUGAUUCUUCUAAUUUUUUUCCUGCUUCUAGUUUGGAAUAUCAGAACAUCUGCAGCUAUUUAAAAUAGGAACUAUUAACCUUUUGUCCUAAAUGUUGAAAUCCUAUUCUAGAAAUGAAAUUUGUAAUGGCAGCUUUGUGUGGAGAUUGUUCCCUUGAUAUACAAUUUAAAAAUAUAAACUCUAAACAAACCUGCUCUAAUGGCUGAGAUGAAAAGUACGGAAAUUAUGCUUUAUCAACACGGAAAGUUGGUAUCCUUUAUGACUUACAUUCAUGUUCAUUUAUAAAUUUGAAGACCAGGGGUCAGUUUCACAAAGCAGGUCUAAAAAAACUCAGAUUUAAAUCCUCAACUUGAUCCGGCCUAAAAUCUGAAACUCAAUCAACCCUGAGUACGUCCACUCAGAGUUGAACACAUGGAUAUGAAAAGCCAUUAUCAGUGGAGCCCUGAUGCAACGAGUCACCAUGACAAGCAAGAGGAAGUUCCUAUUACACACCACUGGAACUAGAGAUUUUAAUGAGGUAAUGAAAAAACUAUUUGCAUAGUGUUCAAAAGACCAAGCGACAGCACUGCAGCUACAAGGGAGAGGAAAAUGGCUUAAAAUAAGAUUUCUGCUCAAGUUCAUGGUUCGGUUUAUAUAAAGGUGUGACAGACUGUUCUUUUGUUUUUGUUUUUUUGAGCAGGCUUUUUUAACAUAUAUUAAAAGCACUCUUUUCUUUAUUGUUCCAUUUUUAGAUUUCAAAAGUAAGUAGUAAAUCAAACCCCUAGUCGGACCUAUAAUAAUAAAAUUUGUUAAAUUACAUGAUUGCAGCAAAAACUGAAUUUCGGGAAGCAAAAAACCAACAACUAGGAAUUAAAUUUUCUAGGUAUAAAUAUGUUAACACAUUUUAAGUAGCCUUUUUGACAUUAAUCAGCUUGACUGAAUAUGUAUAUAUGAUAUAUGAAAUGUCAUGACAUUUCUAUAUAGUAAAAAUAAUACCAAUAAUGACCAGUAAUGAUAGGAAUAAGGAGAACUGAAAAUCAUUUCGAGACAUCAAGAAUGGUUAUUCUAGAUGUGAACAAUGUCAUUUUGUAUGAAAUAGUAACAAGGAAAAAAUGCUUUUACAUAUUCAGUCAAACUAAUACACAAUAAAAUGAACUUCCAUAGGCUGUUGUAAUCACAUGACGGAAAAAAACUAGUUUAUUGCUUGAAUGGUAGAUUGGUGUAUCUGUUUAGGUGAAAUCACCUGGCAGCAGGAGAAGAUGAAGAAUAAAAACAUUAUAUAAUAUAUAGAACCUGUUCGGAAUCAGAAUCAAGUUUAUUGCUGAGUAAGUUUGCAGUAACAAAGAAUUUGACUUGGUGUUGAUGGUGCAGACAUUUUAGAUAUAUAUAUGGAAUACAGGAUCCAUAGUUAUAUACAAUAUAAAUGUACAAUAUAUUACAUGAAAUAUAGUAUAUAGAUAUGUACAAUAUACACAGUGGCUGUGCAUUAAUGUAACGCAGAAGGUGUGGAGAUGCUUCAUUGGUGUAUCUUCUAGGUCCUGAACAGGAAGGUAGAGAGGCAGUGUCACGGGGGUUUCUGGGCCUUGUUGAUAGUGCUGGUAGCAGAUGAGAAGAAACUGUUCUUGUGGCAUUAGGUUUUGGUCCUGUUGGGCCGCAGCCUCCUGCCAGAGGGAAGUGACUGAAAUAAUAUGUGGCUGGAGUGUGGGGAUCAACCACAACCUUCCAUGAACAGCUCAGAGUCCUGGAGGUGUAUAGAUCAUGGAGAGAUGGAAGACUGCAGCCAAUAGUCUUCUCAGCAGACCAGACAAUCUGCUCUUGUCCUUGGUGGUGGCACCAGCGUACCAGAUGAUUAUGGAGGAGGUGAGGAUGGACUCAAUGAUGGAGAAAUAGAACUGAACCAUCAUUGUCCUCAGCAGGUUGAAUUUUUUUUAGCUGCUGCAGGAAGUACAUCAUCUGCUGGGCUUUCUUGGUGAGGGAGUUGCUGUACAGGGAGAAGAGCAAAGGAGAAAGAGUACAGCCCUGGGGGAACCAAUGCUGAUGAGCUGCGAGUCGGAGGUAUGUUUUCCCAGCUUCACAUGCUGCCCCAUGUCAGACAGGAAGUCUGUUGGCUGUAAAGAGAGUGGAGACAAAGGACACUCACACAAAAACCGGUAUCGACCAGGUUAGCUUUGGGGAGAAUGUUAUUUUGGUAAAAGAAACAGAGGUUGAGGAAACUCUAUUUGUGAAACAGAAUACUCAGAGCUUCCCUGAUAUCAUCUUUAGAAAACUUAGAGUUUUCAGUAAACCUGCGUUUUGAAAUGGACCCCUCUUUAUAAAAAAAAUAAAAAACGUUUGCUUAUUUAGGCUCAAAUAUUCAGAUCAUAACUCACAGGUCUCUAAAAUCAGAUUCCUUUCAUGAAAUGUACAAAAUAUUUCAAGAAAUCAGCCAAUAUUUAUUGCAUAUUACCCAUGAAACUCUUUGUUUUUGUCUGGUUGAAUUGAAACUUCAAUUCUGUUAAUAUCAAGAUGCUAAUAUAUGAUCACUUCCAAGAAAGUAUUUAAAUAGCCCAAUCUUAUUUAAAUUUUUUCUCAGUAAUGUGCCAACAAUAUUGACGGAUCUUUUGAGUCUCUUAGCCUUAUUUAAAGAAAGCAUUAUGGUUGCUGUUGUAAAUAAUGUUUCUUUUUGUGUAUCAGCUUUAAAAAAAUCACUGAUUUUUAUCUUGAGGAUUCCUUAUCAUAUUCACAACAGAGAUCUCUAAAACUCUCACACUUUAGGGGUGAAUGAAAAUUGGCUAUUAGACCCACUUUGGGUGAUCAUUAAGCUUUGGGUUUAUAGUUACAAACACCUUCCCUUUCCUGCAGAGCAGCUGCUUUUUUUGCAUUUGCAACUAAUCAAAUUAAACAGUAAUUCCACCAGAAGUUUUUUGCUGCAUGAUUAAAACUAAAAUGUAGUGACCUUUCUGCCAAAAAAAGAACCCUGUCAAAAGAUAUUUUGUCAACAGACUGUAUCAAAUCUAACAGUAUGCAGAAGACUCAUUGCUUUACCUUCCUACUCUUUUUGAUUCUUUUGAUCUACCCUCAAGCUUGAGAACCCAGGAGUUAAUCCACACAAAGCAUUUUCCCUCUUCAUACUUCACCCAACAAGAUGUUUCGCCACAGUGCAGCUUUUGUUAGUUACUGUAUAAAAAGCUAAUGUUCCACAGAUUCAGGAUCUGCUAAUUCUUUUAUCUCAGCAAAGCAUUACCUUUUGUGGGCCACAGUGAUGGUGGAAGUUAGUCUUUGUACAGUAAACAUAAAGUUACAGUACGGUCAACGUGUCCCAGUGAAGCCACUUCACUUUCAAUUUUGUCGACGUGUAGUGUUUCGUGGUUUGGCCACCAGGUGUCCGUAUAACCUCAACUUAACCUAAACUCUUUGCAUGAUUAUCUAGGAGUUUUUGUUUUGUUUUACUGUCUUAUGACAAAUAUUAUUUGCUGCUUUUUCCAGGCCUUGCCUUUGGUUCAGAUUGGUUCAGUUCAGUACCAACGGAAUUUUACGGUACAGAUAUCUCAUUUAAAAUGUUUGUGUUCGUUUACAUUUUUUCUUAAGUAGAAUUACCUAGUGAACACACUAAAAUUUUUAGAAUCCAUUUAAAACAAAGCCAGUAUGAAGGUAAAGUCGUCAAGUUCUGUGAUUACUGGACUAGAACGAUCAGAAUCUCUGGUUCUGUCCUGGAAACGUGUGUUGUACUUAAGAACCAACUAAGUACUGGUUGUUUCAUCAUGAACAAGUCUUAAUGAUCUAUGGUUUAUAGCCUAUAUUUUGAUAACUUCACUAAGUGUAUCUUUUUGUUUUCGUGUUUUAUUAAUUGUGUGCUCGGUUAUGCCCCUGUCAAACCUUGACAAUUUAGACCAGCAUAUUCCUCACAUACGAGAAAUCUGGCAAAAAAGUUGGCAUAUGUUGGCUAAGUUAUGGGUAUGUUUUGUUUUGUUAUGAGCGCAUUAAAGCAAGGUAGAACAUGUCACAACGAGUACGUUGAGAUAUUUUGAGCAUGCUCAAACUUUCCCAAAAUAUGCCAGUAUAUGCUCAUAUGUGGGUCAUAAGUUACAGGUAAGUUACCUCAUCGUUGACAUACAUAAAGUGUAAGUUACCCAUAAGUCACAUAUCAAUGUAUCUGACGUGUUCCUGACAACCACUGAACGUGUUUCUAACUUUCAGCUACUGUAUGAUAGAGUAUUGGCAGUGUUUUGGUUUGAGGGGGUUCACACGGGUAGACCGUUAGUUCUCCAGACCACAUCCCCAUCAUAGGGUGAGCGAGAAGGUGAGUUUGAUGGAUCCGUUCACGGCCACCAUCAACAAACUUCCUAGCAGCCAUGAUUCUUUUUUCUUAUUUAUUAGUUCUUUUUUUUUGGUUGUUGAGCACUAAACAGCAGAUGGGUUAAUAACGUGAUCAAAGAAUUCUUUUUAUGCAGGUCGAGCACCUCCGGGUGCAUCGCUGACCCCCUCAGAACACCGGCUUGUGCAUCAUUUCUUGGGCAUUACACUGCCGUUCGUUAAGCAUAAGUUAGGCUGUUGUAGGACAUAAGCUCUGCACUUGUUAUGAAUACUCUGUGUAUACUCCCAACAUUGAAAAAAUACAUAGAAAGUUCACCAUACGCCAGCAUUUUAGAAGACAUCAGGCAUAUGCUGGCUAAAUCUGCAAGGUAUGACAAGGGCCCUUAUAACCUGUGUGAGUAGGUUGGUCCUGCUUGGUAAAAACAUGUUGGAUCCUGAUGCUGAAGCAGGAGAAGGAAGAUGAUUCCUCUCAGAUACACUCACUGCAUGCUCUCCAUAUGUAACCUCCUCCCUCAGUAUUCUCUGAGUGUUGCAUUAUCAGUCUUUAUCUGCCCAGCAUGAAAAUGCUUCAGAUAUUAGCUAUCAAUAUAAUAAAGAAUUUGAUGUUUUUGUA